UAAGGCGGUUGCAAAGAAAAAGCUUCGAAAAACGCAUCUGCCAUGGAGCGCUUUCGAGAGCAUCGAUCAAACACGAUUUACCACUGAUCGUCCUUUCUUUCCUGUGAUCCUGCUAGUACGGGUCAGAAAGCCUUGGUACCUGUCCUGUCUACGAGUCCUCGUCAUUCAAGGACCAUCUCAGGCGCAUGCAAUCUCCAUCCCUGCGAGUAUUUUUCUAGACAUCAAUCAUCUCGGCUGGGAAGGGGGCGGGAGAUCAGCACUUCUCUCCUCUUUGCAUUUUGCUUCCAGAUGCUGCCUGGUCUGUCCUAGAGACUGAAGGUAGAGAGAAUCGAAAUGGAUGCUAUCCAGGCUGUUGAGUUGCAAGUCGCAAAGGUGAACGAAGAGAUUGAUGCUCUUUCAACAGAGAUUAAGGAAGCAAAAGAGAAGAUUGGUCGUGCGGAAGCGGCUGGCAAUGAGAGUGAGGUGCAGCGUUGGGAGAAGGAAAAGGAUCAGUUGCGGGAUAAGGAGAAGCAGCUGCGCAAGGAAAAAGAGCAGCUGCGGGACGAAAAGGCCCGGCUGCUGUCUGCAGCAACCGCUGGGCCAAGUACCUCUGCAGACAUUUCAGUGCCUCCGCAAGCAUUGUCGGACUUCUGGGCGGCUCUGCCGCAUGCCGCUUGGUCCGAUGAUGGAAAGGUCUUGACACUUGCUAAGGGGACCAACUUUCUAGGGAAAGCGAAGCUCGGCAGCCAGUUGUACCUUCGAGCCUGCUAUCCAUCUUUACAGAGGGAAGUGUCAAGGCUGUUUGCGCAAGAAGAUAGCAAGGGGAAGAAAAAGAACGGGGCAGUGGCGAUCAUCGGCAACCCAGGAAUAGGGAAAUCUAUAUUUGGAUACCUGCUCCUGUACCAGUGGGCAACUGAAGACCCGCCACCGCCUGUCGUGGUUGUCAAGCGGGGAUUCUGUUCAAGGCCGACGCUGCUUACGAAAGACGGAUGCUUUCUGCUGGACGAGAAGUCCCUUGCAGAUCAGCUGAGCCGGCCCGAAGUGAGGUAUCUGGUAGACGGUCUCAACCCGAUGGACGUUGGCGACAUGCCAGACGGGGCACAGAUGGUCCUGGUUACAUCCCCGGAUCCACGAAUUUACAAGGAGCCCUGGAAAACGGGGGGUUAUCGGAUGCGCUACAUGGACGUGUGGACGUGGGAGGAACUGGAGAGUUGUCAAGCAGGCGUCUUCCCAGAUCUCGAUCCUGACGAGUCAAAGGUCCGGUACGACAGAUGGGGUGGCAUACCGCGGUUUGUUCUAGAGAAGGUGGACUCGGAUGCUCAGGCUCUCCUCGAGCAGGCCAUCUGCCGCACGUCUCUGAAGGUUCUCGUCGAGUCAGUCGGGUCAGAAGCGGCUCCCAAUGAAGCGAGCCAUAAAUUGCUCCAUCUUCGCGUCCGGGAAGACUUCGAGACGACCGUGAUGGAGAUGGCUUCGGUCUACGUGACCCAUAGGGUUGCGUAUCAACUUUGGAAGAAUGAGAAGGAAAACCUGAGAAUGUUCCUGAGCUCAUCAGAAGGGGAGGGCUCCGUCGGAGCUCUGAGGGGCAACCUGUGGGAGGGGUUCUGCCACGCCAGACUAAUCCAGGGCGGGCGAUUUAGGAUAAGGGAGCUGUCCGACCCGUUGUUGACCACCUCGAUCAAGAUUCUUAACCCUCCUCCUGGUGCAGCCCCCUUCAUCUUUGACAGUUGGCAAGAUAUUCAGGGCAAGCAAAACGGGCAGUAUUUGAGACCCCGGAGCAGGACAAACGAGUCUGUGGAUUCUGCAGUGCAGCCGAACGUCUUGUUCCAGAUAACGGUUAGCAAGAGGCACGACCUGAAAGGCGCUGGGUUGAAGAAGGCCAUCGAGUUCCUCCAGCAGAACGGGCCCGGGGCUGUUGAGCUUUGCUUUACCCUGCCCUCCGACUCCUUCAUGAAGUUCCAGGGAUCUGAAAUCAAGCAGUGUACUGGGAUUGCGGCAGUGAGGAACGCGGUUAAGCAGUUUGCACUUGAAGUCAGCUUUUGAGGAGCCGUGACGCGCCAUUCUUUCGCCUCGAGGGUGGUGCUCGGGACAUCUGGUUGCUGCACAAGGGCAACGUCAGAUGGAACAAAUCAAUGUGGACAUCUUGACUCAGCUCCUGUCUUUGAUACAGACUUAUUUACAACGUUUGUGGAUCCUCCGUGUGCACUAUUCCGGC